AUGGGGUCGUUAUACCGUUCCGAGGAGAUGCGGUUUUGUCAAAUGAUUGUGGAAAAAGAUUCCGCGUUUUCUUGUGUUUCAGAACUCGGAAAACAGCCAUGGGUUCAGUUCAAAGAUGUAAGAUUACAGUAAUUAUGAUGACUAAAUCUAAUUUUGCAUCUAAUGUUUGCAGUUAAACGCUGAUGUCAAUUCUUUCCAAAGAAUGUUUGUUAGAGAUAUUCGACGUUUCGAUGAGAUGGAAAGGAAAUUGAGUAAGUAAAUACUUGUAAACAAAAGACGACGUCCACUCGGGCCUCAUUCAAUAAAAAAACAAAUGAAUUAAUCACCAUUUCUUCAGGGUUUUUGGAUGCCCAGGUUCAGAAAGAUGGCAUUGAGAUUCCUGAUAAAACCUUUAAAGAGCCAAAUGACGUCAUUAAUCAUUCUGAAAUUAACCAAUUGGAGCAGACUUUGACUGAUCUCGAGAGAGAUGUGAAUAAUAUGAAUGACAGUGAUCAUCAACUCAAGAAGAACUACCUUGAACUCAAGGAAUGGGAAGCCGUUCUUCAGAAGACUGAUCAGUUCUUCCAAGGGGUAGGUUCUUCUGCAUGGUCAUCAGUAAACAUUUUUUCCAAAGCAAUCUCGUAAUUGUUUAAUUCUACUAGAGUAUUGGUGACUAAGGGAUGUUUAGGGAAUCGAUGAUGCUGCCAUUCAAGAGAUUGAGACCGCCAACGAGACCGAGGCCGGGAUUCCUAUGAGAUCAGACAAAGAACCCAUGGGAUAUAGUGUUGGGGUGAUCAACAGAGACAAGGUGAAUGUAUUUGAAAGGGUCCUGUGGAGAGCUUGUAGAAGAACCGCCUUUCUGAGAUCGUCUGAUAUCGAGGAACCCUUGGAAAACCCAGAAACUGUAGGUUUAUUAUAAAUGUAUUGAUGAUUUAUUAUAAUGUUUAGGGAGAGCUGAUGCAUGAGUCUGUGUUUAUUGUAUUCCACAAUGGAGAUCGGCUUAAAGCUAUCAUCGACAAAGUUUCUGAAGGAUUCAAGGCCAAACAAUACAACCAGUGUCCCAAACUGAGCCAGGAUCGCCAAACGGCGUUGGCCAAGGUCCAGCAGAAUAUCCGUGACAUGCAGACGGUCAUUGGCCAGACCAAAGAUCAUCGUCUCAAGGUCUUAAAUGCAGCUGCCGCCAACUUGAAGGCUUGGUUGAAACAGGUAGGCGAAAGUCUUUAUGAUCUUUGUUUGUCUUUGUAUUCACCCGUUAUAAUGUUUGUUUAAGGUUCGUCUCUACAAGUCCAUUUACCAUACUCUGAAUUAUUUUACUUUUGAUGGGAUCGGCAAAUUCUUUGUGGCUGAAUGUUGGAUUCCUCUAAAGGAUAUUGAGAAUGUCCGUGGGGCCUUGGAGAGAGGAGUUGAGAAGAAUGGAGGCACCGUCAAGCCCGUCCUCAACAUCCUCCACACCAACGAAACUCCGCCCACUUACAACCGUACCAACAAAUUCACAGCUGUCUUCCAGAGCAUCGUCGACUCUUAUGGUAUUGCUUCGUAUCUCGAGCUGAAUCCCGCUCCCUACACCAUCAUCACCUUCCCCUUCAUCUUCGCUUGUAUGUUCGGAGAUCUUGGCCACGGAAUCUUGAUGUUCUUGGCUGGUCUCUUUUUGGUCGUCAGAGAAAAGAAUCUGGAAGCUCGGCAGAUUCGCGAUGAGAUCUUUACGAUGUUCUUCGGAGGUCGGUACAUCAUCUUGUUAAUGGGAAUGUUCUCCAUCCAUGCCGGGAUCAUCUACAAUGAUAUCUUCGCCAAGUCAUUCAACGUCUUUGGCAGUUCAUGGGUGAAUCCCUACAAACACGCGGCCUUGGAGCAAUGGUUCAAUGAGUCAGAACAUCACGGAAAGGAGGUCCAUCUCGAGAUUCCUCCAGACUUUAGUUACCAACAGAGCAUGGGACCGUAUCCUUUCGGAGUGGACCCUAUCUGGAAUGUGGGAGAGAACAAGUUGAACUUCUUGAACUCGAUGAAAAUGAAGUUGUCAGUCAUUGUCGGCAUUACUCAGAUGGGAUUCGGAGUAGUCCUUUCUUUGAUGAACCAUCGUUUCUUCAAGUCCGCCAUCGAUAUCUACACGGUCUUCAUUCCUCAGCUGCUGUUUUUGGGAUGUAUCUUCGUGUAUUUAUGUCUACAGAUUAUUGUUAAGUGGAUCUUCUUCUGGGUUGAAGAUACCUACAUCUUUGGUCAACGAUACCCUGGCUCUCAUUGUGCCCCGUCUUUAUUGGUAAGUAAUAUAUUUUAAAACUUAUAUCUCGUCAUCGCCUUCGUCAUCUGUUUCCGGGGGUUCCUUGAAUUCGACGACCACGGGUUCUUCGUAUUUUACAAACUCAGGGGUCAACUUUUCUUUUUCUGCUUUUUCGGCGUUAGUGAACAUGUUGUUGUAGUGCUAUAGAUUUACAUAGGGUUAAUGGGGUCAAAGGAUGUUAUGGUUUACUCUUACCUCAUCUCUCAUUCUCUCAAAUUCUGACUUGGAUUGUUUUCGAUCGGCCUCGCUGCCUGGGACGGGAGUAGGUGGAUCGGGUUGAAAAAGAUGACCGUGUGUUCGAGCACGGGGCUGAUAGGUGUCCAGAAUGUUGGCCUCAUCGAAGAAGGCGCGUUUGUGACGUGUCAGACUAGAUGAAUACAACUGGACCCACUAGAUAUGUUCAGAUUAUACUGUACUUGACUUGCCUGGAAAAUGAAUCCGGUAAUGAAGAUCCCGAAGGGCAUUGAAAGAAUCCAUAUCUGUCCAAUGGGAUGUAGUAGUAGGGUAGCGAAACCAACACUUGUCAGCACGCAUACAGAUACGAUAUAUCUCAUUCUAAAGGACUUUUCAUCAAAAAUUGAAUUCUUACUGGGGGGAGCAUGUCGCAGAUCUUUGAUUAAAAUUGUCUCCCGAGAGCACCGCCGAACUGCUCAUCGCUGAUUUAAGCAAUGAAAAUAUCUGAGUUGUGAGAAAAGGAAGUGAAAUCAAUUUGCAUGACUUUAGAUUGGUCUCAUCAAUAUGUUCAUGUUCAAAGAUCGCGAUCCUGGUUUUGUAGAUGGAACUGGAAAACAACUACCUAAUUGUUUCUUAAACCAAUGGUAUCCUGGACAAGUAAGUGGUACCUCUAAUGAACUCAUGUUGAAAUUUAGUCCAUGAUUGAGGCCAUCUUGGUCAUCAUUGCGGUCAUCUGUAUUCCUAUCAUGCUAUUCGGAAAGCCCAUCUACAUUCUGAUGAAACAAAAGAAAGCCAAAAAAUCACUCUCCGAUAACAUGGUAAGUGACUGGGAGAUUACAGGAUGUUUAUUUUGCAGAGUGUCCGAAUCAAUAUGCAAUCCGACGAGACUGAGGUGAUUACCAAUGGUAAUGGGGUCAAGAAGGUCAAAGAUGAAGACCAUGCUCCUCAUGGAGGAGGCGGCCAUCACGACGAGUCCUUCGGAGAUAUCAUGGUGCAUCAGAGUAUCCACACCAUCGAGUAUGUGCUCGGCUGUGUCUCUCAUACUGCUUCCUAUCUCCGACUCUGGGCCUUAUCUUUGGCCCACGCUCAGUUGUCCGAAGUUUUAUGGGACAUGGUCCUCAGAAAUGGGCUUCAACAGUCCGGUUAUGUGGGUAUCAUAGCCACUUACUUGAUCUUCUUCGUGUUCGGAGUCCUCACUUUCUCCAUCUUGGUGUUGAUGGAAGGUCUUUCCGCUUUUCUGCACGCUCUCCGAUUGCAUUGGGUUGAGUUCCAGAGCAAAUUCUAUCUCGGUGAGGGCUAUUCUUUUACUCCGUUCAGCUUCAAAACUGUUCUGGAGCUGGCCCGGGCUGGCGACGCUACUUCUUAG